AUGUCGCAGGUGCUGCCCUACGGCGAGGACAAGGUGGGCCGCUACGGCGCCGAGCCCGAGGCGGGGGAGCUGCCCUUCAGCUGCCGCCUGCAGGACACCAACGCCUUCUUCGGGGGCAACCAGGGCAAGCGGCCCCCCAAGCUGGGACAGAUCGGCCGCGCCAAGAGAGUGGUGAUCGAGGAUGACCGGAUAGACGAGGUGCUCAAGGGCAUGACGGAGAAGUCGCCGCCGGGGGUGUAAGCCGGGACCCGCCGCCAGGACCCGCCGGCCGAGCCCCGCUCCAGCCCGCCGCCCCGCAUGCUGGCUGGACCGCCGACGAGGAGGGGGAGGCCAUGCCCGCUGCCCCCACCCCGGCCCGGGGGGGGGCCCUGCAGCCACCACCCCCCCCCCCAGCCAUGCACUUUACCCCUCCGCCUCCCCCCGGGGCCGGGACAAACCGCCGAGCCCCCCACCCUGGGCGAAGACCCCCUUCCCCGGGGAAGGGGUCCAGCCCCCUGCUCCGCGGCGCGUCCCCCCCAUCCUCCUUGGUGGGGGGUCCCCGAAUUCCGGGGCGACCCGGCCCCAUGAGCAGGGGGGGAGCACUGCUGUCCAGAGACAUUUUUUGCUCCAUCGUUUUUUGCAUGAGCUUGGUGGCCCGGGCGGCCGGCCCGGGGGCCGAGGGUCAGCCCCACCACUCCGGCACGCUUCUUUUUAAACAGAAACUCCUCAUAUUUGUAUUUUUAUAUCCGAAUCUUUGUUAAAAACAAUCUGCUGACGUUGAAAUGUCGAAGUAACUGCAUCGAGAAAACAAACAAAAACAACCAACCAACCAACCAACCAACCAACAAAAAAAGGUUCAUAUUUUUUUUCCAUAAGAAAAAAAAAGACAAAAAAAGAAGAAAAAACGAGGGCAAAAAUUAAAGGGGGGUGAGAGUGACGGAGGGAGCAUGAGGAAAGCCACAGGAGGAGGGAGGGGAGUGGGGACCCCUGGCCCGACCCCCCCCGGCAGGCAGCAGGAGCACCGGAGGGUUUGGCAGCAUCACCAGCCACUGCAGUUCCCUCCCGGCAGCACCGGGGCAGAGCCCACCGGGGCCAGCUGCAGGUGCCGGAGAGGGUCCCAGCACUGCCCCUCACUUGAGGGAGGUGGGGUCGGGGGAGACUGGGGAGGGCAGGGACCGGCCUGAGUUGUUGUUUUUAAUUUUGUACUUUAAUUUAAUUUUAUUUUUUAAGAAGCUUCUCGGGGGGUUCUGAUGUGCAUGAGAAACUUGUCAUCUUUUUCAAUAACCUACGAGUGGCAUUUAUGGAGACGACAACGCAAAAAAAAAACCACAACGCAAAAAAAAAAAAAACAAAACAAAACAAAAAAACUAACAAAAAAACUGAGAAAAAAAAAGAAAAAAAAAGAAAAAAGAUACUUGUGUCAUGAUGUUCUACGAAUGAUCCAUUGUAAAUUUAAAUGCCAUUUUUCACUGUACUGGUGAAUAAAAUGCAAUGAAUAAAAUACAUUCAUGUACCCAGGUGAAGCCGGCAGCCAUCUGCUCCUUUCUGUCCUUUCCUCGUGCCAGCGAGUUUUUGGGGUGCCUGUGGGAUGGGGUGGCAUGGCCAGAGUGGGGGCCAACCCCAGAGCCCUUCGCUGGUUCCUGGUGCAGGGGAACCACUGGCUGACCCACUUACACAUUCUGCCUGAAAUAGCAGCCCAGCAGCUUGUGCCUCUGUGGUGUCACAGCUGUCCCACUCAGGAGGGGUCCCCUUCGCCCACCCCAAGGGGAGUUGGUGCCCAAAGAGCCUCUGGGGACACUUCCAGUGACCCCCAUGCACCUGCCACAUGAGCACACGUGCAGCCAGUCCAACCAGCCCACCUGUCACCC